CCCAUGGAGGUAACUACGGUGCUGAUCACAGGUUGCUCGUCGGGCAUUGGCCUGGGGCUGGCCACGCGGCUGGCAGCCGACAGUGCUUGCAGGUUCAAAGUGUUCGCCACCAUGCGCGACCUGGCCAAGGCCCAGCAGCUGCUGCAGCACUUCGGAGGCUGCUGCCCAGGCACCCUGGAGCUGCUGCAGCUUGAUGUCACUGACCCAAGCUCGCUGGCAGCUGCGGUGCAGCGGCUGCAGGGGCAGCAGCUGGACGUGCUGGUCUGUAAUGCGGGGGUGGGACUGAUGGGUCCCCUGGAGACCUGCUCUGACCAGGCCAUGAAGAACAUCUUUGAUGUGAACCUCUUCGGGGCCAUCCGCACCAUCCGGGCGUUCCUGCCCCCCAUGAAGCGCCGCAGGGCUGGGCGAAUCAUCGUCUCCAGCAGCAUCGGGGGACUGCAAGGGCUACCCUUCAAUGCCGUGUACUGCGCCAGCAAGUUCGCCCUGGAGGGGCUGUGUGAGAGCUUGGCCAUCGUCCUGCACCCCUUCAACAUCCACCUGACGCUAGUGGAGUGCGGACCUGUCAAGAGCAGCUUCAUGGCCAACCUGCAGCGCCCGGACCCCGAGGGCAGCGAGCUGCGGGGCCUAGACGCCGGCACACGGAGCCUCUACCGCCGCUUUCUGCAGCACUGCCAAGGGCUCUUCCACGACGCGGCCCAGGAGGUGGACGAAGUACUGCAGGUGUACCUGGAGGCCAUCGGCAGCCCCUGCCCGCCCUUGCGCUGUGGCACCACGCAGCUGCUGGCUUCGCUGCGGCGCCUGAGGCUGGGCAGCCCGGACGGCUUCGCGUACGUGCGAGCCAUGCACGACUUCGUGUUCGGACACGGCGAGGAGCAGCCCUGA